UUGAUAGAUAACUGUGCACAUGUUAAGACAUAUCACACGUAAUAAAUUAUAUAGUUUUGUGUGUUUAAUAAUUGUGCCAUGAACUAAAAUGGUUAUCAAAUAGUUGUAACGGAAGUUUUAGUUGUUUAUAAGUGUUAACUAUUACAGCUGUAUUGUUGCUUCAAGUGAACUGCCGAAUAUUACUAAAGGAUGGAUGAUGAACAAACAUAUAUAAAUAGCUAUCCGAGUGUGGUAGCUCCUGAUGAAGGAGUGAUAUCUGUGGAUGUAUCCCGGGACACGCUAGUGGACUCCAUGACAGAUAUGUCUGAGACACCCAUACCACCUGAUAUUAUUGCGUCUGUUGACAACCCUAAUGAAAAUGAAGAACAGAAUACUAGACUGACGCUGGCUUACGAGAGGCUGUAUGAAAUACCUAAGACCAUUGUGGAGCGGUUCUCGGACCACAUCAGAUAUCUUGAUAUCAGUCACAAUAAAAUUACAAAUUUGGACGCGCUGGUAUUCUUCAGGAAUCUAACAUCCCUCAUAGCAGAUGACAACCCCAUCACAGAAAACUGCUGCCUACCACCUUUGCCUAAACUGCAACUCUUGUGGUUGAAUCGCUGCAAGAUCUCGUCUCUAUACCCAUGGGUGGGUAAACUGAAGGAGUCCUGUCCGAAUCUGCAGUUCCUCUCUCUGAUGGGCAACCCUGCAGCACCCAGCUACUUCAAUGGAGGAACUUUCUAUGAAUACCUACAGUACAGGCUCUUCGUAAUCUCCCAGUUUCCGUCCCUCAACCAUUUGGACGACCGCAAAGUGACAGAUGACCAACGCACAGAGUCCCUUCGGCUAUACAAGAGACCCUUCUUCGAGAGGAUUGUGAAGCCAGCGGGGCUCUCACAACUCGUCAACUCUUCUAUAACUUGGAACACCUUCCAGAACAAGAUAUCUUCGUUCUUGGGUAAGGAUAAGUCACAGAAUCGAAACCUUCUUAUUUAAGGGCCUAGUUUGCUCAAGUUAUGCUGAUAUAGAUGGUGUGAGAAAUAUCGUUCAAAAUCAUUCAAUUUAUUCAGCAUAGACUUCUUGAACGUCAAAUAAAAGAUAGCGCUCAUCAGACUUUUCAACACAAAGAGCUCUUUUUUUAUAUUUUUAACAAUUAAGCCUCAAGGAUUUGAAUUUUUACGCGGGGGUUUUCACAAAUUUUCAAGUCACAUGCACAAAGACCCACCCACAUUCAGGACAUGCAUUUAAGGAUCACACAAAUGCUUAUCUAACGCGCUUAAUGGGUUUGGCGUGGUGACCUCAACCAUUCGCCUAUCCUAGCAGUGUAGAAGAAACGGCUUUUUGUACAUUUUACUAGUUCCGAUACAUUGCCGCUGAAGAUGUAUCAAUUCUGAAGCCAGAGUUACAUGGCUCGGUAAUACACUGAAAUUCAAACGAUAUUUCUCUCAUCGUGAAGUAGCUUGUAAUUAUGAAUGCAUAGGUUGGACUUUAUAUAUUUUAUUUUAGUAUUUAGGUUGGUUCCAAAAGUACAUAUGUAUUGAAAUAGUAAUUAUAUGUACCUCCUUGUUUUAGCCGCUAGAUAUUCGGUGUUAAUAUAUAGCUUGGCCAAGAAUUAGGCUGUCAAGUUUUCUACAAGCAUAGAUUGUUUCUUUAUUUUAAGAAAUUAUACGACUUUAUAAGCUAUACCACAACCAAGGUUGUUGAUAAUAAUCUUGCCAGUUAAUAACAAUGUUUUUAGGUAUAUUAUACUAAAAUCGUAUAGCUGUUGACCUCUUAGCUUUCAUUGUUAUUAAGCCUUUAAAAGUUAAUUGGUUAGAUACAUUGUAUUUUUCUUUUCGAUAUUUUUUACUUUGUUGGGAUACGUCAAACAAUGAUUAUAAAAGUAAAGCAUGAACUGAAUCGGUCACCAGUAACUUAUGAUGUGCAUUUUCAAAUGGUUUGUGCCUUUUGUUAUCCAAGUGGAAUUUAAUAUUGUGAUAAUUACUUAGAUCAAACAAUGGUCCAAUUGUUGUAUCUAUUUAUUUAUAAGAUUUUAUAUACAUGACAUAUUGUUAUAUUAUACAUUCCUUACUGUACAA